AGUAACUCCAACUUCAACAUGUUGUGGACGGAGAUUUUUCCUCUUCAACUUCGCCGAUACUUCUCGCUUCACUUUUAUCCAAUUGCUUUAUUUCUUCUAUUCAACAUCAUUUUCAUUAACCCAUGCAACGCAACACAAAUUACUCUUUCAUUGCACUCAAGAAUUACCUUCCCUCUCUCUUCUAACAACCUGCUGGAUUCCCUCUCUGCAUUGUGAUUAGUGUAGGUAAUUGGAAUUCAUACCAGAUAGGGAAAAAAUGAGCAGUAGUUUUGCUUCCUCCUCUAUAUCUUCUUCGGUGGUGUCUUUGAAAAAAUAUGAUGUUUUUCUUAGCUUUCGAGGUGAGGAUACUCGCAGAAACUUCACGAGCCAUCUUUAUGAUGCUCUGAGUCGAAAGAAAGUUGAAACCUUUAUAGACAACAAUGAGCUUAAAAAAGGAGAUGAGAUCUCGCCAGCACUAGCCAAAGCCAUUGAGGAGUCACACGCAUCUAUAGUCAUCUUCUCAGAAAACUAUGCUUCCUCAAAAUGGUGCUUGAAUGAGCUCAAAAAGAUUCUAGAAUGCAAGAAAGAUAAGGAACAGAUUGUGAUCCCGGUUUUUUACAACAUAGAUCCUUCACAUGUGAGGAAGCAGACCGGGAGUUACCAGAAAGCCUUUGCAGAACAUAAGCGAGAUUUGAUGUACAAUAAUGACAAGUUGCAGAAAUGGAAAGCUGCUCUCACUGAGGCAGCUAAUUUAGUUGGUUGGGACUCUCAAAAGUAUAGGAUUGAAUCGGACUUCAUUAAGGACAUUGUCAAAGAUGUUUUGCGGCAAUUGAAUCUUAGAUACCCAUAUGAAAUUAAGGGGGUUGUUGGAAUUGAGAAAAAUUAUGAACAAAUUGAAUCAAUGCUGAAAAUUGGGUCAAAUGAUGUUAGAGUCCUUGGAAUAUGGGGCAUGGGUGGCAUAGGAAAGACCACUCUUGCUAAGGCUUUAUAUUCCAAACUAUGUUCCCAAUUUGAAGGCCGUUGCUUCGUCAAUGUAAUGGAUGAAUCAAAAAAGUAUGGACUCAAUGUUGUGCACAAUAAUUUUUAUUCUACAUUGUUAGAGGAAGAAAAUCUUCAUCAUGAUGCACCCUACAUAGAGGCACCUUUCUCCAUGAGAAGGAUUGCACGUAAAAAAGUUUUCAUUGUGUUGGAUGGCGUCGAAACCUCAGAGCAAAUAGAAGAUCUUAUCCUAAAAAUUGAUGAGCUGGGAGUGGGUAGUAGGGUCAUUAUUACAACUAGAAAUAAGCACAUAUUUAGUCAGUUCAGUAAAUGUGAAAUUUAUGAGGUUAAGGAAUUGAAAAAACAUGAUUCUCUUCAGCUUUUCAAUUUGACUGUCUUUGGAGAUGAACAUCCAAAAAUUGGAUAUGAAGAUUUAUCAGAAAGUGUAGUGUCCUAUUGCAAAGGCAAUCCUCUGGCUUUAAAAGUUUUAGGUGCAAAUCUCCGUUCAAGAGGCAAAGAAUCAUGGGAAAAUGAAUUGAAAAAGCUCCAAAAGAUUCCCAAUGGGAGAAUUUAUAAUGUGUUAAAGUUGAGUUAUGAUGACUUAGAUUGUUCUCAAAAGGCCAUAUUUCUAGAUAUCGCAUGCUUGUUGAGAGAAGAGCAUAAAGAUUUUAUAAUAGAUCUAUUGGAAGCUUGCGACUUCUUUGCAAUAAGUGGGAUAGAAGUCCUUCUAGAUAAAGCUCUCAUACAACUAAAACUAAUUUGGCAUGUCAUUUCAGAUAUUGAUACUAUAGAAAUGCAUGAUUUGUUACAAGAAAUGGGACGGGAGAUUGUUAAUCAAGAAUCUCAAGACCCUGGAAAACGAAGUCGAUUGUGGAAAGCUGAAGAAAUAUCUGAUGUAUUGAAAAAAAACAAGGGAACUGAAGCUGUGGAAGGUAUAACAUUCCAUAGUACAGAAGUUGGGGAUCUAUACUUGAAUGCUGAUUCCUUUAGAAGGAUGACAAACUUAAGAUAUCUUAAAAUCUAUAAUAUAUAUGAUGGGAGAAUAUGCAAUGUGUACUUCCCUGACGGUCUUGAGUGGCUUUCUGAUAAAUUGAGGUACCUUCGAUGGGAUGGAUACUGUCUUGAGUCUUUGCCGUCAACUUUUUGUGCUGAAAUGCUUACAGAGCUUCACAUGAGUCAUAGCAAGCUUAAAAAGCUCUGGGAUGGAGUUCAGAAUCUUCUGAAUCUAACCAUAAUUUGGCUUGAAUCCUCCAAAGAUCUGAUUGAGAUCCCAGACUUAUCAAAGGCUACAAAUCUUGAAAGAGUAUAUCUUAGUGAAUGUGAAAGCCUGUGUCAGCUCCAUCCAUCCAUUUUUUCUCUCCCCAGGCUUACACAUCUAGGCUUAGGAGGUUGCAUAAAGAUUGAAAGCCUUAAAACCAAUAUUCAUUCAAAAUCUCUCUCUAAACUUUUACUUGAUGGUUGUUCAUCUCUCAUGGAAUUUUCGGUGACUUCAGAGGAAAUGACAUAUUUGACCUUACGUGGCACCGCUAUACAUGAAUUGCCUUCAUCGAUUUGGCGUAAUACCAAACUUACUUUUCUUGACCUAACUGAAUGUUGCAAGCUUAACACUGUUGGGUUGUCAAAUGAUCCGCAGCUAUGGUCUAUUACAGUACUGAACCUUUGUGGGUGCUCACAAAUAAAUGCAUUGAAUCUGUUGUUCAUCCUUGAUGGCAUACAGUCUUUAAAACAACUAAAGCUGAAUGAGUGCUUCAACUUAGAAGUUCUCCCUGAUAACAUCCAAAACCAUUCAAGGCUAGAAUGGCUUGAUUUAGAUGAUUGCAGGAUACUUGUGUCUCUAUCAGAGCUUCCACCAUCCGUGCUAUAUUUGAAAGCCGCUAAUUGCACUUAUCUGGACACAGACUCCACUCAACAGUCAUUGCUUGAGAACAUGUUACAAACCUUCUCUGAAUACCAUUCUGACGAAGGUGUUGAUGCUUUCUCUUUCUUGCCAGGAACACGAGUUCCCUUUAAGUUUGAUUUUCAGACAUUAGAGGCUUCAAUAACUAUUCCUCCUAUCCCAAAAUCUGACUUGUGUGGUUUCAUAUUUUGCAUCAUUCUUUCUGAGGGCUUCAAUGUUUACCACCAUGCCCUUCAUUGUUUCAUCUUUGAACACGGCAAAGAAGUUGACAGAUGUCGUAUUAGUCACAGUUAUCUUGGGACAUUAAUUUCAGAUCAUGUAUGGAUAUGCUGGCAUGAUUACAACAGACAAGAAAGUGGAAGUUCUGAUUGCAACCUAUCAUUUCAAUUCAUACUUGAAGCUCAUAAGGAACAAUCUUGGUGGUCAACUGAGGGGAUAAAGGGGUGUGGGGUGUUACCUGUAUAUGCCUCCUUAGAACGUGAGUUGGAGCUGGAUGGUAGUAGUAUUAGUGAAGAAAUUGUUGAAUUAAUAUCCAAUGCUCAAGCAAUGAAAAAUGAUAUUGAUGAGUUACAGCCUAGAGCAAUUGGAAGUGAAGUCAGAAGCUCUAAUAAUGAAAAUGAAGAUGACCAUGAACAACCUUAUUCUCACAGUGAAGUGGAAGACUUGAAUGAAAAGUCUUGUGGUUGUUCAAUCGGUCUUUUCCUGAGGCACUUAUUAAAGAGGGUCGAAAGAAUAAUACAAAUCAGAAAUGACUUGCGGUCUCUUUCUCCUAGUUCUCAAGUAAAAUGAGAACAACAUCAUCAAAUUCAUUCCACAAUAUCCCUUGAUGUAGUAGACUGGUGAUAUCAAGUUGUGCUGGUAAUAAAUUCAUCAUUUAAAUGCCAAAGUGCAGUGAUAAGUUGCUUGUUACUUUUACCAUUGCAGAAAUCUUCCUAAUUUUAUUCAGUUGUUUUGUGUUCUGUGUUUGUUUGUAUUAAUUAAUCUUGAUCCUGUUUGCAUUAUUGGUACUUGAAAGCCUGCUUCGGCGUAAAUAAAUCAUUGUUCUUCUUCCUUUUUCUGUUUUCCCCCUAUGCAGUAAUCACUCGAGUAUCAUGCUUUUGAACCAUAAGAAAGAAAAAUAAGAAGAAUAAUGGUUCUAUUAAUGGUUUUUCCUUGUGAAAUGAUACAGAUCUUGGUGUUACCCACAAAAUAAGUGUUUGUAAUCUUUCUUACUAAUGUUGAUUCUUUUGUUGGUUCUAAAGUUUACGGUUCUUACUGUAUUUGGCAUUGUAAACUAGGACAUGCCCAUUCCAAUGAUGUCAACUGUUAAAAUUAUACUCAAUCAAUGUAAAAUACCAUUUAUCAAUAAAAUUGUUAUUGACUCCUACUUGGCAUUCUGUCAAGGCAAAGUGCUGCAAUUGUUAACUUUCUUCUUUUGAAUCAGUUUUCAGUUAUCAUUGGGGACCGUCCCUAUGCUAUCCACUUGUGGCUUUUCAUGUUACAUUACCUUUGUUGAUGCAAAGGCUUCUUGCGGAUGGAAUUAAAUCAAGCAUCAUAUAGAAGAAUUAAGAAGUUGCAAAUGUCGAUUGGACCAUAUUUAAGGCACUAUCUCUGAGUCUUAGUCCAUGAUGAUUUUCCUUAGUUAGCUAUUAAGAUGUUUUGCUCAGCAUUAACAAAUUGCAGCACCUCCUCAUAUUACAGCUGCACCGUUUCAUCCAAUUACUUAACAUAGAGGGUUAAUUAUUCUGUUGUAACAAUUCUGCCUAUAAAAGGCAUAUACCACCAGCCUUAGUACUGUAUCAAUUGAAGUGAAUGAAAUUGAGUGUUAAAAAUUCUCUUCCUUUGUUCUCUUCCUAGUAGUGUGAGUAUCAAAAUAGUUUGGGUGUUUGAGUAACAAAAGGGUUUUCACCGUUCAGAAAAAGUUGUAAGUAUAUUUUGAGAGAGAUAUGACAACCAAUUGCAACAUUGUUUGGUCCAGUUUUAAAUUACAUGCAAAUUUAAAUUUCAGUUA